AUGGACAAGGUGGAAGGGGUUCCAGCCGCCGGCACGGCCCCGCCCCCGCUGCCCCGGUGGUGGCCCACGGCCCCCCGGCUGCCCGUGGUCAAACUGGAGUCGCUGAAGCGCUGGAACGAAGAGAGGGGCCUUUGGUGCGAGAAGGGGGUGCAGGUGCUGCUGACCACGGUGGGCGCCUUCGCCGCCUUCGGCCUCAUGACCAUCGCCAUCAGCACCGAUUACUGGUUGUACACGCGCGCCUUCAUCUGCAACACCACCAACCUCACGGCCGGCGACGAGGCGCCGGCCCACCGCGGGGGCGGCGGCUCCUCGGAGAAGAAGGACCCCGGCGGCCUCACCCACUCGGGGCUCUGGAGGAUCUGCUGCCUGGAAGAAGCAAACUGUACCUAUUUUAAAUUCUUUACUACGGGGGAGAAUGCGCGCAUCUUCCAGAGAACUACAAAGAAAGAAGUAAAUCUGGCAGCUGCAGUGAUAGCAGUGCUAGGCCUGGCAGUCAUGGCCUUGGGGUGCCUCUGUAUCAUCAUGGUGCUCAGCAAAGGUGCAGACUUCCUACUCCGAGUUGGAGCCGUCUGCUUUGGCCUCUCAGGCCUGCUGCUCCUGGUCAGCCUGGAGGUGUUCCGGCAUUCCGUGCAAGCCCUCCUGCAGAGAGUCAGCCCUGAGCCUCCCCCGGCCCCCGCCCUGACCUAUGAAUACUCCUGGUCCCUGGGCUGUGGCGUGGGGGCCAGCCUGGUCCUGCUGCUGGGGGGGGGCUGCUUUCUCCUGCUCACCUUGCCUCCCUGGCCCUGGGGCUCACUCUGCCCCAAGCAAGGGCACAGGGCUACCUAGAGCCACCACUGUGCCUUCUGCAAGCUCCUUCUAAACCUUUCCUUUUCUCCAUUUUGUCCCCCAAAUCUGCCCCCCC